AUCGUCGCUAAUAUUGACCUAUUACCCCAAUCAUAUGGAGCCAAUGUCAAAGUCCAGCGAAAGUGCCGCGAAUCGGUCGUGUACCUACUAGACGCCAUAAGGGAAAGGCUUGUGUCCUUCUACAGAAAUACGAAUCAAAAACCCACUCGCAUUAUUGUUUACCGCGAUGGAGUGUCAGAGGGACAAUUCGCAGAAGUGUUGCGUGAAGAAAUUCAAGGAAUCCGAUCGGCCUGCAUGAUACUCUCACCUGAUUAUCGUCCCCCAAUUACGUACGUCGUCGUGCAGAAGAGACAUCACGCCAGAAUGUUUUGCAAGUACAGCACGGACAUGGUCGGAAAAGCUAGGAAUAUCCCACCAGGAACCACAGUCGACACAGGAAUCGUUUCACCUGAAGGGUUUGACUUCUACCUAUGUUCACAUUACGGUGUCCAAGGAACUUCACGCCCGGCAAGAUAUCACGUGCUGUGGGACGACAACAAUUUCAGUGCAGACGAGAUGCAAGCGAUUACUUAUGGAAUGUGUCAUACGUACGGACGAUGUGCACGUUCCGUCUCAAUUCCGGCUCCGGUUUACUAUGCGGAUUUGGUAGCCACUCGCGCUCGAUGCCACAUCAAGAGAAAGCUGUAA